AUGGCGCAGCCGACCGCACGGCCGCCAUCGUGGUGGAAGCACGACGUUCCAAAUUUGGGUUGUGACGCAGACGUGAUAUCGGACGAAUCCUGGAGAUGUUUUCAAGUUGGCGAGCCAACCUCACUUGAUGAGGAUGCUUGCCCCGCCGACGAUGCGGCGUACCUGUGGCUGAACAAAGGAUCAUUGGUGCAAGAUUACCAGACCGGGGUGCCGCGCCCUUCUGUUGCCGGCUUCUUGACGAAAAACCCCAAGGCCACGGGAGCGUGCAUACUGCUGCCGGGGCGUGGGGUCACCGAAUCAGUGUAUGGCUCCUGGUCAGACUGGGCGAAGAAUUCUGCGUGGUUGCAGUGCGGAGAUGCAGGGGUGCCGACCACUGUGGCGAACUUCGACACCACUCGUCUGGACGCGGCCGCGGAAGUCGCCACGCAUGUGAGUGUGAAGUGGGAAGCGCACAAUUCACCGCCCGAGUUGACGCCGUACAUCUGCAAGCAGGAGUGGAAGGACAAAAAAUGCGACGACGUGGAUGAACAAGUUUGUACUUCCCAGGGUUCUUCAAGUAAUAGUGCGCAGGAGGCUCCGCGGUGCGACGUCAAGCCCUCUCCUGAGCUCGCGCGCAAACAUGAAGUCGGUAGCGCACUUGACCAGAAGGGGAAAGUCCCGCAGGCGGUAAAGGAUAUGGUAAACGACAGAGGAAGCGAGUAUGAAAAAGCGCACGUGCCAGACCUCCGCGAAUUGGAAGGUAUCGAAAGAGUAGAUCACCUUUGGAUUCAGUCGACCGAAAAGGCAGACGUUGUUAUGCAAUCUGCUGCGCGGGCUACUGGUGCGACGACGUCGGGCUGUUUCGCGCUGCCCCCAAAAAGUUCCACGUUGUUGCCGAGCGACGAGGAGAAGGACCCAGCGCAACUAUGGUGGAGCUGGUUGAAGCAGUCGUCGGAACGGGUGACGCCGUAUUUGUGGGGGUGUCAGUACACGCAUCAGCUCCGCUGGGGAUGGAGUUACAUCGAUAAUAGUACUCAAGCGGCUCUUGAUUGGUGCACACCAGGGAAAAUAGAUUGCGAGGGUUUGUGCACAGACCCUGAGUGUCGGUUCUCGUAUGUGGAAAACCCAUUCGCGUAA